AUGACGGGGCCUGGGGCCCUCACCCUGCUGCUGACCGUCCUGCUGGGCUGGGCCAGCUGCCAUCCCAUCCCAGGGAGGAAGAGCUUCCACAAGUUGCUGUUAAUCUCCUUCGAUGGGUUCCUCUGGGACUAUGAUCAGGACGUGGACACUCCCAACAUGGACCACCUGGCCCGGGAGGGCGUGAAGGCCAAGUAUCUCAUGCCACCCUUCGUGACAAUGACUUCCCCAUCCCACUUCACUACCAUCUCGGGUCGUUGGAUUGAAGAUCACGGAGUCAUUCACAACAUGAUGUUUAACACAGAGACAUUCAAGAAGUACUCCUACAAGACCACGAACAAGACUGAGUGGUGGGACAAUGGUGUUCUUCCCCUCUGGAUCACAGCCCAGAGACAGGGAAGGAAAACAGCGUCAUUCCACUAUCCUGGGGGAGGCGCCACGUACAAAGGGGAGGCCGUCCAGCGGUCCCUGGUGGAGUCAUACACCCACCCGAACAGCAACGAGACAGAGUGGAGGGAGAACACUGAUAUCGUCAUGAACUGGUUCACCAAGGAAGACUUCGACUUCGUGACUCUGUACUACGGAGAGCCAGAUAGUGUGGGACACCGCUAUGGGCCUGAGACAGAGAACAGGAGGGUGAUGAUUCAGCAAAUUGACAGGACCAUUGGGUACCUGGUGGAAGCCAUUGAGAGGUACGGCUUGACAGAGCACCUCAACGUCAUCAUCACAUCAGAUCAUGGCAUGACCACCGUGAAAAAGAAGCCCAAUGUCACUGAGAUCCUCCUGACCAACUACAUCAGUUUCCAGGACUUGGUCAAGUUUGAUAUCGUGGACUACGGCGGUUUUGGGAUGCUCCUGCCCAAACCAGGGCAAGAGGAAGUGAUGUACCAAGCACUGAAGAAUGCACACCCUCACCUCAAUGUCUACAAGAAGGAGGAAUUUCCGAAACACUUCCAUUUUGCCAAACACGAGCGGGUCCUGCCAAUUGUGAUGUACGGUGACUCUGGUUAUAGCAUCAGUGGGGUAAGUAGACUCUAGAAUGAGUACCAACAAUCUUGGAUCUGGGAAGCAGCCACUAGGGAAGGACAGGUCUGAAAAAAAAUCAAAACAUAAGUGUAUGCAUGAUGAAUUGUAACCCGGGGCUUUCUAAGUGUUCCUCACCCCCCACCCCACAUCCCACCCAAACA